AUGAUCCAAUUUGAAGGUUACGCGCUUGAGGUCGUCUUGACGACGGCCAAUGCGGCUGCUCAGGCAUGGUAUGGGUAUGAGCAGGGCAUCAUCGCCGGGAUCCUGGUUAGCGAACGAUUCCUAGACACCUUUCCACAAAUUAGAACUCCUGUUAUCGAAGGCACCUUUACCAGCAUCUUCUCGCUCGGGAACCUCGUCGGCUGUCUCCUCGCCGCUCUCUUCGGCGACAAGCUUGGUCGUAAGAACACUCUACGAGUUGGCGCAGCCAUCAGCAGCAUCGGAGCAAUUCUUCAAUUCUCGGCUACCGCGUUCGAACAACUCAUGCUUGGGAGGGUGAUCAAUGGACUCGGCAAUGGUAUCUACGCACGAGAACGAGGCAUGACCUCAGCAACCUGCGGCGUCUUCCAAGCCGAAUCCGUCCGUGGCUCACGACGAGGCAAACUGUCCGUCAUCGUAGUCCUGCACAACGUCGUCUUCUACAUGAUCGCCAGCUGGCUGACCCUUGGGACCUUCUUCCUGGACAACUCGGGACAAUGGCGGAUUCCGUUCGCUCUCCAGCUCGUUCCGGCUAUCGUGCUCAUCAUCUUCCUGUUUCUGGUGCCCGAAUCACCUCGCUGGCUGAUGCUCAAGGAUCGACAUGAGGAGGCCAUUGAGUCAUUGCGAAGAUAUCUCGGCAAGGGUCUGACCGCCGACGACGAUGUGGUCCAAAACGAGUACAAAUCUAUUCGUGGUGCGCUGGAGAUUGAGCGGCAGUCGAAGAUCUCGUUCAAGCAGGUCAUCCUUUGCAGAGAUCGAUCGUCGCAUCUCAAGCGCAUGCUGUUGGGUAUGGGAGGACAGUUUAUGCAGCAGAUGGGCGGUAUCAAUGCACUGAACUACUACUUCAGCAUCAUCCUUCAGGAGAACCUCGGAAUGACCGCACUUAUGGCUCGUGUUCUGACCGGCGUCAACGCAACGACGUACUGCAUAUCCACCGCUAUGGCUUUCUGGAUCAUCGAGAGAGCCGGCCGACGAUUCCUCAUGCUGUCAGGUCUGGGCUUGCAAGGUUUCGCUUACAUUAUGGUCGCCAUCUCUGUGGCUCUGCUGGCUACUGCACCACAGCAGUGGGGAGCCGUUGCCAUUACGUUCUUGUUCUUCUACUACGCAGCUUUUGGAUGCACCUGGGGCAUGGUGCCCUGGAUUUACCAAGCCGAGAUCAAUUCUCUAGCGAUGAGAGUCCGUGGCGCUGCUGCUGCGACUAGCAUGAAUUGGCUGUUCGGUUUCGUCUGCACCCAAUUCACAUCUGUCGGCAUCCGGAACCUGGGCUACCGCUUCUACAUUAUCUUCGCUGUCCUGAACGUCGUCUUCCUGCCCGUUGUCUAUUUCCUCUACCCAGAAACCGCGAACCGCACACUCGAAGACUUGGACGCCUACUUCGACCGCGACUCUGGACACACCACCAUCAUCCGCAUUGGAGACAAGGUCGCCAAGCAGCAUAAACGCCCGCAGGAGGCGAUUGAUGCUGAGAGAAGGCGGAUUGAGAUGACGACGGAGGCGGAAGUGUUCGAUCGCAAGUUGAGUGGUAUCAGCCACGUUGAGGAGGUGCCCAAGUAG